AUGCAUCUCGAAGAGGGACUUCGAAUGCGUGAAGAGCACGACGACGGCAAAGACCGUCACUCACCUGUGCGUCGUGGCAAAAGUGGAUUAAGCUCAACAUUUCAUCAUGGCAUCAACAAUUACGAGCAGUGGGUAAAGUUGAUUGCAGUGGGAUCUCUAGGAGUCUGGACGAUUUUCGCACUCUUCUUUUGGCACAUGUAUGUGACUCCAGCAAAGCAAGGGACAGCAAUUAAGUCGAGGAAUUACAAUAAGCCGCCAUCGAUUCUUGAUGGGUUUCCAGUGGAAACCAACUUUAUUGUGUUUGGAGACUUUGGAACGGGCGAUGAGAACCAACGUAAAGUGGCGAUGGCGCUUGAGAAUUACGUGUCUACAAUGGAUCCACCUCCAGCCUUUGUACUGUCAACAGGAGAUCAAAUUUAUGACCAUGGAAUCGAGUCUGUUGAUGACCCCCUGCUAUCAACACACUUUAAGCAAAUGUACACACAUAGCAAGAUGCAAGUGCCGUGGUAUGUAACAAUCGGAAACCAUGACUGUGAAGGAUCGAUCGGUGCAAUGCUCCAGUAUGCUGAACAGAACGACUCGUUGUGGUAUAUGCCACGUCGAUAUUAUUCAAUCGAUCGUCCUGUGGCACCUAAGACGAUCCUGAGACUCGUCGUCAUCGAUGCCUGUGACUUGGUCUGCGGUUCUGAACCUCGAGAUUUUCGCUGCACUCAACGAAUGAUUGACCAAUCUUCCGUAAAGACAAGACAGUCGCAGUACGAGUGGAUUGAACAAACGCUGAGUGCUGGUAAACCAGCAGGCGUGGAGCAAAUGUGGACGAUCGUAAUGGGUCAUUGGGGCGUGUACAGCUUCGCAGGUAACGCUGACACGCCGGAGUUGAUUAAUAUGCUGGAUCCGAUACUGAAGAAGUAUAAGGUACACUCGUACUUCAAUGGCCACGACCACUCGAUGCAGCAUGUCCGCAAAAUGGACACUGACGGUUCUGUCCGCAACUACUUUACAUCGGGUGCUGGCGGGUUUCGAAUUCACGACCUUCAGCCCAAUGCUCGCGCAAAUCCAGACCUGGUGCACGCGGCUUUGGUCCAUGGUUUCAUGUCCGUGCACAUGACAAGGACGUCUUUCCGUGUGCAAUUUAUUGACGACACGAGCGAAAUCCUCUACACCACCGACGUGAGAAAUCAAUAA